GCUGCUCGUCUUCGGCGAGAAUCGGCGGCCGGAUCGGAACCCGCGAGGACCGUAGUGCGACCGGAACAGCGCACCACGCGAUACGAUGAGAUUUCCCAAAAACGUCUUCAAUGUCCGACAAAAUGCUACGAAUCCGCUGUUUGCACCGAACGACGGUGGCCGCACGCCGCUAUCGAUGCUCAUUUCGCAGGGAGCGAAGAUAAGCACCAACUUCCCCGUGAUUAUCUUUGGCAUCGUGACACUUAUCGCCGGGGUCGUACUGUCUUCCGUUCCUUUGGUAAACAUUUUCAUCAUGAAGAAUCUGAGGCUGUGGAAUGGCUCGAUCAGUUACCACUACUGGCAGCGUCCGGGCGUCACUAGGCUAACUAAGGUGUACAUAUUUAACGUUACUAACCCGGAGAAGUUUCUCGCCGGUGAAAAGCCAAAACUAGUUGAAGUAGGACCGUUCGUGUACAGGGAGGACAUGGAGAAAGUCAACAUCAAGUUCCACGACAAUCACACCGUGACGUACCAGCACAAAAAGAUUCUGCACUUUGUUCCUGAGCUGAGCGUAGACAAGAAUGUACGCAUCACGACACCAAAUAUACCGUUGCUGACCAUCUCGACGCAGAGCAAGUACUUACACUUCCUAGCAGCAAAGACGAUCUCGGUCGCUCUGACGCUGAUGGGCAAGCAAGAAAUGUUCGUAUCGCUGACCGCCGACGAGCUGGUGUUCGGCUACGACGAUCGGCUCGUCAGUCUGGCGCACAAGUUCUAUCCCCGCAACCGACGGCCGCUGGAGAAGAUGGGACUUCUGAAUGGGCGGAACGGUACUCUUACCGAGUACGCGACGAUGCACACCGGGCACACGGGCAUGGACAAGUUCGGGUACUUUGACAAGCUGAACGGUCUGGACCAUUUGCCCCACUGGGACGGUGAGCCCUGCCGGAACCUGGAGGCGUCCGAGGGCAGCUUUUUUCCACCUCGCGACAUCACGCACGGCGACGUGGUGUAUAUCUACGAUAAAGAUCUCUGUCGCAAGAUACCUCUGGUGUAUCGGAAGCCGAUCGAGAAAGAUGGAAUCGGUGCCGAUCUUUACACCAUCGCCGAUGACGCGUACGGUCCACCGAACGAGAACAACAGUUGUUACGACCAUGUGUACUACCAAAAGCGUAGAGGGCUGCAGAACAUUAGUCCGUGCCAGUAUGGAGCUCCAGUGUACAUCUCCAACCCACACUUCUUCCAGUCCGAUACCGAGCUACUGCAGGCCGUGGAGGGCCUGGAACCACGGCAGGAGCAGCACGAAACGUUCUUCAAAAUUCAACCUACAUUAGGCGUCCCGCUGGAGGGCCAGGUACGGGUGCAGCUCAAUCUUCUAGUCGAGAAAGCGCCCCAUAUAAUAGCAACCAAAGACUUCCGUGAUUUCGUAUUUCCCAUUAUGUGGCUCGAGGAGGGUGUCAGCGAGCUUACGCCACCAAUCCGACGCUGGAUCUACCUUGCCACGGUGUUUGCACCGACUGCGUUACCAAUCCUGUCGUUCGGCAUGAUCAUUACCGGUACGUUUGCCUUGAUCUACGUCUUCGUGCGGGCGUACAAAAACUUCAUAUUCGCGGACGACCCAGCGGCAGAGCUUCUCGAAAUGGGUCGUCGAUCGUUACGCAGAGGUAGCCAUCUGAUCGGCACCGUACAGCAUCGUACGCUGCCACGAGAACGACACAGCUUGCUGCCCCAGAUUCCUCCUACCGAUCCAGUUGAUGGCCCGCUAGAAACUGGCUCGCAUCCCCCGUCCGGUCACACUCAACAUAACAACAACAACCAUCUCCUGCACAACCACAACUUGCUGCAGAGCUACCAUCAUCUGUACAUUCAACCCAAGGACCAAAGUCUACUAACCGAAGAGAACACACCCGCCUAGAGGCGCAUCAGUGACCCUUUGUGAACGAUCCUUUAGGGCCACAUUUGUGCCUUCUUGGCACUACGCAAGUUGUCCGGGCAAAAGAUUUUAAAUUGAGAUUUGUUUUACUGCUCCGGACAACGACCACAUUCAACGAUCACCUCUCUCCGACGCUGUCUCCCGCUGCAACUAGCGAUGGAGGCUGCUACCACACCGACCUUUUACACUGCAGUCACCAGCCUGGCGCUGGUUCCUGGGCGACUGUUCACUUACCUCCAGUGCCGCAGACUAUCUCUCUCGGAUAAGGUUGCGUAUUUCAUGCUCGUUUUAGUUCUUAAGCCUAUUGCGAACCGCUCCACCUUCGGGGCAUAAAAGCCAUGCUAUGUACUUCAAAACGCAACCCCCGACUUCAUCGUCAUCGUCGCACAUGUUCAUUGUGCUAAUCUAGGAUAGAUCGUUACUACCGAUGCGCUAAGCUAGCUAAGGUACAUCAUAAGCUCGCGUUUGGGAUGGUGUCCGUCUACGAAGCAACCUUCCGGUUCCUGGUGCCCACUUUCGCUGUUACUCUCUCUCUCUCUAUCUCUCAUGAAGUGUCGCCCACAGCAGAUACUGAAUUUUUUCUUGCAGCAGUCAAAAAUCGUGAACUAUCGUGGCGAUGUACGCACCACAGAAAUUCGUAGUUGAGUAAUAAUUAAGCCCUAAGCGUUGUAGUUGAUAGUAGCUAAAGGUUAAAGUAGGGUGUAAGUAUCAUUAUUUGCUCAAUCGACUACAAGCCACACACCCAUCGCACAUGCAUCGUAAGUCAUUUCGAAUUCGAUUUUAGUCCCACUGGUCCUCUGACGGACGAGUCUGUAAAUAUGAUUUAGCCAAAGCGAAAGAAAAGGAAAACAAAAGUGGAACCCCUUUGGAAGUGUAAUGUAUAUGAAACCCAUUUUCGCUCCAAAACGAACGUUAGCGCUCAUGUACUGUAUUGUAGCUAGGACCGUAAUUUAGUUGUAAGGUAGCUAUGAAAAUCUAUUCAACGACU